UCAUACAGAAACCAAAGGGCUUAUCUUUAUCUAACUUGUGCACCCCCACCAAAGUUGUGUUCUGUGGUGUUAAACCAAACCCAAAAGCAAUUUUCUUCGCAGUUAAUGGUGGUUUUUUCAUGAUUGCACGAAUAGCCUUUUCUUGGGUCUGGCUAUUGUUUUCAGUUGUCUUUAUCAUAGAGAGCAAGAGAGUACAAAGGACAGUUAAAGAGGAAUAAGAGCAUAUAAUUGAAUAGUGUGUGAGCCUCUUUAUUUAUUUGGAAGCACAAACACCAAUUGGCCUUCACUCAUAGACAAUUUCUGAAACAUUGAACCUUAGAAUUAUAAUGUCUUGGUUCCUUGUAAUUCUGUUUCUCAGCAUCACACAUGGUAGUGCUUCAGAGACUAGCCAUGACAAGAAACUUCCUUCUGCUGUUGUGGUUGGCACUGUUUUUUGUGAUACAUGUUCUCAACAGGAAUUCACCAUUGGAAGCCAUUUCAUUUCAGGUGCCUCAGUAGCUGUGGAAUGCAAAGAUGGAAAUUCAAUUCCAAGAUUCAAGAAAGAAGUAAAGACAGAUGAAUAUGGUGAAUUCAAACUGCAGCUACCAUUCAAAGUGAGGAAACAUGUGAGGAGAAUCAAGGGAUGCACUUUCAAGUUGUUAAGUAGCACUGACCCUCAUUGUUCUGUGGCCUCAAUUUCCACCUUUUCUACAGUGAGUCUCAAGACAAGAAAACAAGGAGAACUCAUAUUCUCAGCUGGAUUCUUCUCAUUCAAGCCUAUAGAAAAGCCCAACUUUUGUAACAAAAAACAAGAUGAAUUUUUUCCAAAUACAUACCCAUCAAAACCUACCCCAGAGAAGACUAAAGUGUUCAAAACCAAUCCAACAACCAAAAUUUCAGACAAAUCUCAAUCAGAUAAUAAAUUUUUAGCUGAAGAUUUCUUUUUUCCUCCAAACCCAUUUUUCCCACCACCAUUGGUCCCUAACCCAUUUCAGCCUCCUCCCCUCAUUCCAAACCCUUUUCAGCCACCUCCUCUUAUUCCUAACCCAUUUCAACCACCAAGCCCACCACUCAUUCCAAACCCAUUCCAGCCACCAAGCCCACCACCACUCAUCCCUAACCCAUUCCAGCCCCCUCCAAGCCCACCAACUCUCUUCCCUAACCCAUUCCAGCCCCCUCCAAGCCCACCACCCUCUUUGUUUCCUCCUUUUCCACCAUUAGUAAUACCAGGUUUGACUCCAUCACCACCACCACCUCCACCAACAAAACCAAUUUUCCCUCCUUUCCCUCCACUAUUCCCACCUCUAUUCCCUCCACCUCAUAGCCCUGGCACACCCCCUGCUUCAGCUUCUAUGAACACUUCUCCUUGAUUAGAUAUCGGAUACUAGCUACUUUAUAUAAAUUUCUCAAUAAAUAUUUACAGAAAAAGAUAAUAAAAAGAAUCAAAAGAGGUAAUUUUGCCUUAUGACUUCAUUAUUUUCUUCUUUUUAUGAAUAUUUAUUGAGAGAAUUAUCCGAAUUAGUUUUAUAUCGUGUACAACUUAUUUACUUUUGUUACAAGUUCAGAUAUAUACGUAUAUAUGCUAUGAUAUAGAUAGCUAAACAUAGGAUGGAUAUGACAUUGUUGCUGUAUUAGUAAUUUUACUAAUAAAUAUGAGGAUAUGGACAUCUUAGAGCUUCAAUCUUGUAAAUUUCUGUUACUUUUGUAGUUUGUAUCGUUGAAUUGUUCUGGAAAUGCUCACUUAUAAUUGUGAUUUGAUUA